UGAAGAGAAUACGCCAUAUUGAAUUCCCGUAGUAGGACUCACGGCAUUCUUGCAGCGACGAGGGCCAGUUUGUUAAUGGUCCGAAAUCGGUUUAAUGGUCAGUUUCGCCUCGUUCUGUAACCCCGAAGAGUACAGUGAGUCUCAUUAGAUCCGGGCAGUGGCGCAGAUUCAAAACGGGCUCGCUAACGACAGGUUCCGGGGGGGGGGGGUUACCAGGCUGAGGAGCUGAAUGGAUCCGAGGGUAGCUUGGAUUCAGCCGGAGCAGAAAGGACCUGCGAAUGCCUUAUGGAUGCAAAUCUGGGAGACCUCUCAGGGAGUAAGGACGUUCUCCGGUCACAAUCAUAACCACAGCCAGUUUGUGAGGUAUGCGACUUUGAUGGCUUUGAAUAAUGUGGCGGCCGCAGCGGCAUCGUGCAAGAGCGCCUGCAGCCCCAGCAACGGUAACGUUACAGGCAGCCUGAGUAACGGCAGCAGCCAUCACAGCAUCAUGAACUGCCCCGCACACAGCAGCAGUAGUACAGGCGGCGCGGCGAUUUCCACGCAGGGGACACUGAUGUCCAACGGGAACGCUCAGAACUCCCCACCCACGGCAAACGAUCCAACUGAGGACAAAAUACCGAACCCGAAGACGGGUUCUGUCUCCUCGUCGUCUUCACAGGAAUCUGGGACAGAGAGUCCCAUUUCUAGCAGCUCACUUCUAGAGAGGACUUUGUGUGGAAAUGUGGGGGGCGACUUUAAUAAAAACGUCGGCGGUGCCAAUCUGCUCUUCAGCCUGAGCAACAGCAUGGAAAAUAACGCAAACCUGUACCAUCAGCAACAUCAACGCAACCUAGAGGAACAACCGGCUUUUAAUUUGCAGCAGAUCUGCGCGAAGCAUCAGGUCCACUCUGCUGUACCCGUUAAUCACACACACAAUCUCCACCCGGGCCGGAGGAAAAGUGACAACAAGGCGAGCACCUAUGGGAUGAAUUACUUGCUUUCGAACUGCACUAAUGGGAAUCAUGUGAACACUUGGACGCCGUGGAAGAAGAGGAAAUACAGCUCUGGAGUGCUCGGACUUCACGAAGAAGUGAUGGAUUUCUACAACUUCAUGUCUCCCCGACCUGAAGAGGCAGCUAUGAGGAAGGAGGUGGUGAAGCGAAUAGAGAUGAUCAUCAUGGAGCUGUGGCCUACUGCGGAUGUCCAGAUAUUUGGCAGCUUCAGCACAGGGCUCUACCUUCCGACAAGUGACAUAGACCUGGUUGUGUUAGGGAAGUGGGACCGCCCCCCGCUGCAGGAGCUAGAGCAAGCUCUCCGGAAACACAAUGUGGCAGAACCUUUCUCCAUUAAAGUGCUGGACAAGGCUACAGUGCCGAUUAUUAAGUUGACGGACCAAGAGACUGAGGUCAAGGUGGACAUCAGUUUUAACAUGAAGAGUGGGGUCAAGGCAGCAAGCUUCAUUAAAGACUACUUAAAGAAGUAUCCCGUGCUACCUUACUUGAUCUUUGUGCUGAAGCAGUUCCUGCUGCAAAGAGAUCUGAAUGAAGUCUUCACUGGAGGCAUCAGCUCGUACAGCCUCAUCCUUAUGGUCAUCAGUUUCCUCCAGCUCCAUCCACGUAUUGAUGCCAGAGACCCCAAUCAGAACCUGGGCAUGUUGCUGAUCGAGUUCUUUGAGUUGUACGGUCGCCAUUUCAACUACUUGAAAACAGGGAUUCGCAUCAACAAUGGAGGUGCAUACGUUGCCAAAGAGGAAGUAAUGAAGACCAUGACAAAUGGAUACACGCCAUCUAUGCUCUGCAUAGAGGACCCGCUGCUUCCAGGUAAUGAUGUGGGGAGGGGCUCUUAUGGUGCCAUGCACGUCAAACAGGUGUUUGACUACGCCUACACUGUGCUAAGUCACGCCGUGAUGCCACUCGCCAAGUCGUAUCCCAACAAAGACUGUGACAGCACACUGGGGAGGAUAAUUGGAUUAACCCAGGAAGUCAUUGAAUACAGGGAGUGGAUCAUUAAGAAGUGGGGAGACAAGGAUUCACUGCAGACGGACAACAGAGCAUCUUCUCCCAAGGAGCCAGUUUCAGAGCUGGAGUCCUGUGUGCUGGGUGGUAGUGUUUUAGGUUCAGAGGAUCAGCAGAGGGACUCUGUGUCACCUCACAGCGCAGACUCUCCCAUGUCCAUCUCCAGCCCUAAACAGCACUCAUCAGCCUCAUCGGUUUCCUCGCUGUCUGGCUCCGACAAUGACUCUGAUUCUGCGUUGCCAUACACCCUCCCUCCACCAGCCAUGUCAGCAUAUGCGUCGUUCCCGGCCCUUGGCCUAGCCUUGCAGCCGGGCAUACACUUGGGCACCGGAAAACACGGCAUGGGAGGACACCAUCUGCUCCUUCCUCCAGGUUCACAGGCCCACGUCUCGCUGCCUAGUGGUCUAGCAAUGCACUCCAUGCCUGGCAGACAGGUGUGUAUGGACACUGGGCUCCCCCCCUUCUACCACAUGCCCCCUCCAGCCCAUGCUCAUAACCCUGCCCCCUCCAGCUCCCAGCCUCUGCUCAGCCCCCACACCAGCCACACACACAAGAGUGGAACAAAGUUCAACGUGAAGGGCUUCCACAACCCAGCGCCAGUGAACGGGGCAGCUCUGGCUAACCGUGGACACACACACACACAGUACCACCGCAACUCCUGGACACGGCGCAGGAAGAGGGACAGCCUGCCGGUCAGCCUCAGCAGAUAGAAACCACUGCUCCUCCCUUUACCUUUUGUCCUGCUCUUUUCCGUCUGCAAAACCCCGGUUUUCACUCAUCCCGAAGGGGGACGGUCGGGCACAAAGAGUUUCAGAGACCAGCUGAUCUCACUUUAUGAUGGCGGCUUUGAUGCAGUGGAGUAGCAUCCCUUUAGAUCUGCCUCUUCCUGCUUUCUGUUCCUGCACAGCCUCUUUUCUUCAAUAUUAUUUCCCUGUCAGUAUUGUUUCUUCUCACUUAUUUCAGUUUUUUUCGCUUCGUCGUUGUUCUGUCAGAAUCAGUGGUGACGGCAGUAGCAGCUCCACUUGACCUCACGCUGACCCUUGCAGCCAAGCUGCUUGUGGUUUGGUGUUACACUUUUUUUGAAUUUAUUUUUCACCACACUUAAAAACAAAAAUUAUUUUUUGUUUGUUUUGUUUUUUUGUUUGGUGCAAUAAUUUUUGUUUCUUUUUCAAAAUUAAAGCUGUUAUUUAAUUUUGCGGGUGUAUAUGUAAAGGCAUUUUAUAUUUUAUUUUUGUAGUUUUAAAUUUUGUUUACAAAACGUGUCCCUGGGUGACAUCUCUGGAGCUUAGGAGCGUUCAUCUGUAGGUUAUAAAGUUGUAAUGGCCCCAACUUUAAACCCCCCACUCCUCCUUUUCCUCCUUUCCCUCUUUAAAUGCGCUCAUAUAUUUUAUUUGGCAACAAAGGGGGUCAGAGAAUGGUUUGAUUGCAAUAUUCUUUCAGUUUUUCAUCCCACAUCUUGAGCCAAUAGCGUGGACGUUUAACUUCCUCCUGGACGCUUUGUCCCUGAGCCGAGUCAGUCUAAGAUGAGGCGGAUGGAGAGAACUGCAACCAGAAACCUUUGGGGGGGCAACGAGGAAAGGGGAAAAGGUGGAAAGCUGCAGACCUACCUUGAGAUCGUGUAAUUCUGUGUAUAUCAUACUCAUGGGAAUGAGUAGUGAAUUUGUAAAGGGAAGCGUCCAUACAGUGCAGGAAGAUCCUGUUCUGCUUCUUUGCUUUCCUCCUUUCGCUACAUCUUUUACAGGGGGCGGGGGGGUCAGGGUGGGGGCCGGACAUGCUUUAGCUCGGCUUACUUGAAUUUAAAGAUCAAGAUUAUUGUAAAAGGAAUGAAAGGCCUCCUCACGUGUUAAAUCUGUCUCGAUAAUAGUUAUAAAUUGGUGUAGACCGUCAAUAGGAAGAUGCCCUGCAAUGAGGUUUUCUCCUUUCGGAACGAGUGAUAAAAGGAGAUGGAUGGAGGGUGGUAUUGGGGGAUCUUCCUGAACCACCACUCUAGGAAAAGGAAUUAUAUUUUUAAUUUCAUUCAGGAAUCUUGUGUAUAUUUAAUUGCCAGGUACUUCCGCUAAUUGUUUGCAACGCCGUUAUUUGUGGUUACUUGGAGUGUGCGUAUGACUUUUUCCGCAAGCGCGUUCUCACACACACACACACUCCAACAGAACUGUGGAUGGCUGUGACCCGAGCAGAACACUACACAUGCUGGUGUUAUUACUAUGCAAAAGGAUUCCUCUGAUCAUCACGUCAUCUGUUGUAUGUUCCCACGACAGACAGUUUGUUGGACUGACGCUCAGACUCGAGCCAACUCAUGUGAACUCUAACCUGCCCCUUUUGUGUUUUUUAUGAAGGCCCUAACGUGUUCUGAAGUCUAGUUUUCUACAUCUGUCGUACUUAAGGAUUGGGGAGGGGUGUUUAUGCCAGCGACUAAGUCUGGGUUGGUGUAGUGUGUGACGUAGUAAAAACAAUGUGUGUGAGAAAUUGAGAAUUUUGACUCGCCAUCGCAGGUUUUUAAUCCAAAAGCGUGACGGUUCAUGAGCAGGUGCCCCCGGAGAGCGACUUGCUCUCCUGCUGGCGCGCUUCACAAGGGGCCAAAGUGUCCAAAAACAAUUCUUGAGUUUUUACUGAGAUUUCCUUUAGCGCUGUUUACCUAUUUAUUUGUUUUUGUUUCAAAGAAAGCCUGGCAACUCCAAUCUAUCAGUCAAAGCUGCAUCUAGCAUCCUAUUCUUGUUACAUUUAACCAAAAUAAAAAAAAAAAACAACAAAAAAAAUCACAUUGAUGGGUGUUUUUUUUUUUUUCAUUCAGGGUGGUGAUCAGAAUGUUGGUUUAAAUGCUUGCCUACAAACUAUCCUCGCUAAAGAUAAGUCACUGGAAAAGGUGGAUGUAAUUGGAAAGGUGUCUUGCCCUGAGCCAGGAGUGAUCACAGGCUAGAAAUGAAAUUGAUGAAGGAAGGUGCUUCACUGGGUUGGAGUUGCCUGCGUCUUUUACAGCAGAGACCCUCAUGGAAUUUCUCUGGAAGUCUGUAUGGAUUCAAAUUCUGUGCAUCUCAGCGGUCCAAAGCAGCUCAUCUGGUUUUCCUCUCCCUCACCUCAUGGUGGUCAGUUGAACGGUUUAACAAAAGUAGUUUUAUUACGCUUUUCCUUGAUGUCCGCACUUGUUCAGAUUGGUGUUUAAUAAAAAAAAAAAGGUGAGCAGGAAUGAAGACGCAUGGAGAGUGACCUGGAUCGUUGAGAUUUACAUAUUGAUGUAAUGUGUAAUUCCCACCUCUGUUGGAACACAAUGAGGCAUUUUAAACGGACGACUGCUUUUGGCAAAGGAAACAUGGCAGCCCAUCACUAUCCUUGUCGGGUCAUGUGUUAGUGGCCCUCGGAUUGGACACUUGUCUAUCAGUGGCUGGAAGGGACUCAAUGCCCAGCUUUUAUUUUUUAUUUUUUUUUGACAUUUUUAUGUAAAUAUAUUUUUUUCUAUUUUAUUUUUUAAUAAACAUUUUAAAACUGCCA